UUUAAACAGAAAACUUGGAGGAAUCUGGUACAACGGAAGAUGACUCAGCCCAAAAGCAGGAAAUAAUAGAGAAUGUGGAGGAGCAAAGUAUCAUUCAACAAGAUGACAAAGUAGAAGAGGUGACUGCUGAUCAUCCAGAAGUGCAGCAAAUGGUUGAGGAGGCUAUGAGAAUUGCACAGGAGGCUCCAGUAACAUUAAGUCCAGAUGUUUAUGUCAGUACCCUGGAGACAGCUAUCACAGAGUUCAAUGUCGAAAAUAAAGAACGGUUUCUUGGUGCCCCACCUGUUGGAGGAUGGGUAUUAGACAAUUUCCCGAAUUCACCGAAUUAUUGGAUACCUCUUAGUGAGAAGGGUCUUCUUCCUGAUAUUGUCAUUUGUUUUAAGAAUUCAGCAGAUAAUGGAAAGUGUCUGUUAAAUAGACUGUACUUGUUGAAUAAACAGGAAAUAAAUAAUAAAAUAUUGCAAAGAGUUGAGAAGGAAAGGGCAAGAAAGCUACAGGAAGAAGAAGAAGCAAGAAAAGAGCAGGAGGAGAUUAUGAAGUUGCAGCAAGAACAGAAGAAACAGCAGGAAGAGUUGCAAGGUCCCUUAGAACAUAUUGAAGAUAAGCCACAAGACUCCAGUGACCAGCCUUUGUCUGAUAUAGAACAUACAAACCUGGCUUCUCCAAAAGAUGCAUCACAGCCCAGUUUAGUAGACACUGAGCCACCACAACAGUCAGAUCAACAGGUGGAACCAAAACAAGAAAUUGCUUUACCUGAAGUUCCUGAUGGAGGAUUUCCAGAUGUGCCAGAGAUGGGGCCUCUGAAGGCACUCAUAAACACAUUUAAUGAGGACUGGCAUCUGCUGGAGCCUGUGUUCAGUGACACAUCUCUUCUAAAUGUUACUCACCUGGAAAUGGCCAAUAAAUCACCAGAAGCUCUUCUACAGGAGGCAGUGACUGCUAUGGAAAAACCAUUUCAUUAUCAAGGAAGGGAAGUUACCUCUCAGGACAUAGAUGAGGAAGCAGAAGACAUGGAGGCAGAGCUGGAUGCUGAGGAUCAAGAAAGGGAGGAAGAGAAGAAGAAGAAGGGAAUGAAGAUGCAGAAGAAGAUGAAGACGUUAUCCGUGAAAAGAAGAAACACUAUGGGGAUACCAAACACUUCUGCCCAGUGGCAAUAAAGGACAACUUUAUACUCCAGCCAGGACUCCAGGAUAAUGCUGCUUUAUACAGAGAGAAGACCUACUACUGCUCAAGCCCUGAAACAAGAAAUACAUUUCUAGAGAAUCCUGAUAACUAUGUUGUCCAUAAAGAACCAUUACAAGCUCCACCAUUGAGAGUCCUCUUGAUUGGAACAGGUGGUACUGGGAAAACAGCUAAUGCAAGAUGGUUAGCCAACAAGUUGGGAAUGUUCCACAUCCAGUUUCAAGAACGCCUGCAAGAGAUCAUGCUGUCUAAGCUGGAGAAAAAAGUCGGACCUCACAACGAAGAAGAAUCAGUCGAAGAAGACAUAACUGAUGAAGCCAUGUUGCUUUUGUUAGAAAAUGGAAACUCAGAGGAAAGUAAAAAUGAGGAAUCAAAGGAUUCAAAGGAAGAGGUUGUUCUCACAGUAGAGGAGGAGGCCAUAAAGUCUUAUUUAACUGACAAUGAACCCCUACCAAUUGAAGUGCUGGAUGAGAUUGUAACAGAAUGGUGGACCAAGGAACCUUUUCGCUCCACUGGAUUUAUUCUGGAUGGAUUCCCUAGCAAUGUAGAAGAGGUGCAGUACAUAGGAGAACGGGGCUUCUUCCCAGACAUUGCUGUAUUUCUGGAAGCAGACGAGAGUGACAUCUGUGACCGACUGUUACCCCCUCGGCUAGCUAAGUGGCAAGAGCGACGAAGAAGAAAAGAAGACCGCCAACGGAAAUUGAGAGAGAUGAAGAAGAAAAUAAGGGAUGAACAGAUUGCCAAGAGAAGAGCUGAACUUUUAGCUGAACAAAUGAUAAAUGCAGAAAAAGAGACGAAAAAAGAUCCUGAGGCCAGUGAUGAGGAAGAUGAGGAGGAAGAAGAAGAGGAAGAGAUAGACCCUAUUGAGCAAAUUAUUUCUGAAGAAUUUCCAGAAGAAGAGGAAGAGGAGCAGGAGGAAGAAGAACAAGAGGAGGAUGCCAUAGAGAGAAUGAAAUCUGAGAUUGGAGAAAAAUGUGAAGCCGAUGGUGAAUCACUUCAGACAGUAAAGGAUGAAUUUCAAAGCCUAAUGAUACCAUGUGUUACAGUCAAUACAAGCCGUAAAUUGCACAUUGUGCAUUUCCAGCUAUAUGAAAAACUAAAAAACCUAGUGGAAAAUCGAGAAAGUCUCUUUGAAAAAUGUUUUCCUAUUAGCCUGUUCCUUGCAAGCAAGAUGCUUCAUAUGUCAUAUAAGCAUCCCAGUAUCUUUAGACGAUGGGACCCUGUCAAGCUCAGCCAAGGAGAAGUUAUAAAGCCUUUGCAAAAUCAAGAAAAUCCUACUUUCCCUCUGAUUUACCGACAAUAUAUUUACUUUUUUUCAACAAAAGAAAACAGAAUCGCAUUUAUGAAGAACCCUAUUAAAUUUAUCCAUCAGCCAAAGCCU